AUGGCAGGCGCUGGUGCAGGGCAGGGCGCUGGCGCAGGGCAGGGCGCGGGCGCAGGGCAGGGCGCUGGCGCAGGGCAAGGCGCCAGCGCGCGCAGGGCAGGGCGCUGGCGCAGGCUACAGCAGUGCGUGACGAGAAGGGCAGCAGAGCGCGACGCGACUGGCUGCCUUAGGGCGCGACGCGCGGGCUGCAGCAGAGCGCGACGCGCGAGGCAGCAGAGCGCGACGCGCGAGGCAGCAGCGCGCGACGCGCGGGCUGCCGUAGGGCACGACGCCCAGGGCUGCAGCGCGGGCGUAGGGAAGGGCGCAGGCGAAGGGCAGGGCGCUGGCGCAGGGCAGGGCACCGGCGCAGGGCAGGGCACCGGCGCAGGGCAGGGCGCCGGCGCAGGGCAGGGCGCCGGCGCAGGGAAGGGCGCCGGCACAGGGCAGGGCGCUGGCGCAGGGCAGGGCGCCGGCGCAGAGCAGGGCGCCGGUGUAGGGCAGGGCGCCGGCGCAGGGCAGGGCGCCGGCGCAGGGCAGGGCGCCGGCGCAGGGCAGGGCGCUGGCGCUGGGCAGGGCGCUGGCGCAGGGCAGGGCGCUGGCGCAGGGCAGGGCGCUGGCGCAGGGCAGGGCGCUUGCGCAGGGCAGCGCGCUGUCGCGGGGCAUGGCGUUGGCGCAUGGCAGGGCGCCGGCGCAGGGCAGGGCGCUGGCGCAGGGCAGGGCGCCGGCGCAGGGCAGGGCGCUAGCACAGGGCAGGGCGCUGGCGCAGGGCAGGGCGCCGGUGCAGGGCAGGGCGCUGGCGCAGGGCAGGGCGUCGGCGCAGGGCAGGGCGCUGGCGCAAGGCAGGGCGCUGGCGCUGGGCAGGGCGCUGGCGCAGGGCAGGGCGCUGGCGCAGGGCAGGGCGCUGGCGCAGGGCAUGGCGCCGGCGCAGGGCAGGGCGCUGGCGCAGGGUGA